CAAAGAGCAGAGAAUAAACAAUCUUCAGAAAAACCAAAGUGCAGAGAAAACCAAAAAAAACUGGUAGGAGGGCGUUUAGGUUUCCGUUUUCGUUUGAAUCGAGAUCGUCAAUGGCGGACGAAGCUCCGAGGUCGGAAACCCCACCGCGAAGUGUCGAACAAGCCCGGGCUUUCGUCGAAGCAACGAUGGCGUCGGACACAGCGGGAGGCACAGAGUCUUCUUGCAACAACAACAACAACAACAGCGUCGAGACUUCUUCCAUUACCUCUGACGGUGAGCGCCGAAAUUCGCUUGAGUAUGCUGAUGAACUGAUGGAGAGAGGAUCCAAGGCCGCCAAAGAGCAGGACUAUGCUGAAGCUACUGAGUGCUACAGCCGUGCCCUAGAAAUCAGGGUUGUUCAUUAUGGCGAACUUUCUCCUGAAUGUGUUAAUGCAUACUAUAAAUACGGAUGUGCACUGCUGUACAAAGCUCAAGAUGAGGCUGAUCCAUUGGGUACAGUGCCAAAGAAAGAGGAUGAAUCUGAACAAAUCCCCAAGAAAGAUGGAUCUGUUAAGGAUGCAUUAAACUGUGAAUCAUCUUCAGCUUCUGUUUCUAGUAAUGCUAAAGAAGAUGAGACUUCACAGCCGCAUGAAGGAGCACCUGAUGAUGUUUCCGGUGGGAAAGAUCAGGAAGAAGGUGAGGAAAGUGAUGAUGAGGACCUGGCUGAAGCAGAUGAGGAGGAGUCUGAUCUAGAUUUAGCAUGGAAAAUGCUGGAUCUUGCUAGGGCAAUUGUAGAGAAACACUCCAGCGACUCAAUGGAGAAAGUGGACAUAUUGUCAGCUUUGGCGGAAGUUGCUCUGGAAAGAGAGGAUAUUGAAACUUCCGUCAGUGAUUACCUCAAAGCACUAGCUAUUUUGGAACGCCUAGUGGAACCAGAUAGUCGACAUAUAGCUGAACUAAAUUUUAGGAUGUGUUUGUGUUUGGAGAUUGGGUCAAAAGCUGAGGAAGCCCUUCCUUAUUGCCAAAAGGCUAUAACAAUUUGCAAUUCUAGGGUGCAGCAGCUUACGAACGAAUUAAAAAGUACAUCAGAAUCGACAGGGAUACCAGCUGCUUCAGAAUUGGAUCAGACGGUCCAACAGUCUUCAAAUGGGCCCCAGUCUACUGAUUCUGUAGGGGAUAAAGAGGCAGAGAUUGCAACACUGACUGGCCUCUCUGGUGAGCUGGAAAAGAAGCUCGAAGAUCUCCAGCAGUUGGUCUCUAAUCCAACAUCAAUCCUUUCAGACAUCCUUGAGAUGGUGUGCGCCAAGGCAAGAGGAAUCGAGAACAAUGCUCCUCCUUCAGGUACGAGCUCUUCACAGAUGGGCGCUGCUGGUGAUAGUGGAGGUCUCGACUCUCCCUCUGCUGCUGGUGAUAGUGGAGGUCUCGACUCUCCCUCUGUUUCCACUGCUCAAACAAAUGGUGCUGCUGCUGGAGUGACAAAUCUUGGUGUAGUGGGGAGAGGAGUCAAGCGAGUGGUGAUGAGCUCAAGUGUAGCAGAAUCAAGCCCAAAGAAGAAACCUACAUUUGAUCCUACACUUGAUAACGAUGAUGGCAAGGCCUCUUGAAGGUAUUCCUAUCGUCUGUGUUUGGCCUCUUCUAGGCAACCAUUACAUGUUUGUGGGCCAAAAAGACUUUCUGCAUUGACAAUUUUGGAGUCUAAACAAAUCACGGCUCAUAGGCAAACCUUGAUUAGAUCAUCACUUGUUUGUCUAAAUAUUGUAGAUUUUUUUUUUUGGUUGUGUAGCUUAUUAGUCUUCUCAUGGAAGCCGUCUUUACCUUGCGUCUAUGUGCUUAUCAGCUAUAUGCUAGACUGAAUUUUACGGUACACUUCUGCGUAUCCAUGGUUUUGUUUCUUUUUGUGUGUGCGUGUCGUAUCCAUUGUUAUACUUUUGAUUUUUGUAUUCAUAAAGAUCAAUUCUCGUUGAAAGUUUCAGUCAA